AUGAACAAUGCUGACCUCGACAUCAUUAGAGAGGACAUCACUAUGGUGAUGGCCAGAGUACAGGCCAACAAAGACAACAUUUCUUCCAUAGCCCAGAAGCAGACAAGCACCAACGAGCUGAUACACAAACUACAGGCAUCUCACACGGCCAUGCAGGUCAGAAUUGUCAUCCUGGAUGAAGCAUGGAGGCGCAAGAACCUCAAAAUUAGGGGUAGUGCGGAAUCCAUUAAUGACAAUAAACUGUCUAAUUUUCUUAGACGCUUAAUGUCUACUCUUCUACACCAGCACUCCGCAAAAGGCAUUCAAGUUGACAGGUGCUUCAGGCUCACCAAAUCAAACAAG